AUGGCAACCCCCCUGCAGCCACCUCCAGACCCCCAGUUUGUCCUUCGAGGCGUACAGUCAGCAGUGAAUGCGCUCCAUUUCUGCAGAGAAUCCCAGGCUCAGGGGAGCUCACUUCUCUUCUCAGGGUCUCAGAGUGGCCUGGUACACAUCUGGAAUCUGCAGACACGGAGAGCAGUCACCAUCUUGGAUGGCCAUGGAGGCCAGAGCGUGACCUGGCUGCAGUCACUGCCCCAGGGUUCCCAGCUCCUCAGUCAAGGCCGGGACCUGCAGCUCUGCCUGUGGGACCUGGCAGAGGGCAGGAAUGCCAUCGUGGACUCUGUGCGCCUGGAGAGUGUAGGAUUCUGCAAGAGCUCCAUCCUGGCUGAUGGACAACCAUGCUGGAUGCUUGCUGUGCCAGGGAAGGACACUGAUGAGGUUCAGAUUCUGGAGAUGCCAUCCAAGACGUCAGUGUGCACCCUGAAGCCGGAGGCAGACGCCAAGCCAGGCAUGCCCAUGUGCCUGCGGCUGUGGCAGGCCAAGUGCAGUACCCGGCCCCUCCUUCUGGCUGGGUAUGAGGAUGGAUCAGUGGCCCUGUGGGACAUCUCGGAGCGGAAGAUGUGCAGCCAAGUCUCCUGCCAUGAAGAACCCGUUAUGGGCCUUGACUUUGACUCCCAGAAGGCCAGGGGUGUCUCGGGCUCUGCGGGCAAGGCUCUGGCUGUCUGGAGCCUGGAUGGGCAGCCAUCCCUGCAGGUGUGCAGCACUCACGAACUCACUAAUCCAGGGAUCGCUGAGGUCACAAUUCGGCCAGACCACAAGCUGCUGGCCACAGCAGGCUGGGACCAUCGUGUCCGAGUGUUUCACUGGAAGACAAUGAAACCGCUGGCCGUGCUGGGCUUCCACAGCGCUUCUGUCCAUUGUGUAGCCUUUGCUGCCAAUGGCUUGCUGGCUGCAGGGUCCAAGGACCAGCGUAUCAGUGUCUGGUCUCUGUACCGACCACGUGACUCAGCCACACCCUUCUUGGGAGAGUCAGAGGUGGGAGGCAGGCAUUUCACUGCAGCCUGACCUGUCCUGUGGAAACUGACUCUCAGCUGGGCACCAUCACCUGGCACCUGUGGCUUGGAAAGAGGCAUAGCUUGGGCCUGGCACCAUUGCCAACUGGAAGGUAUCUUAUAAUAAACUUCUACUGCAAACCUGUAGGUUCAAGGUGUGAACUCUCUGAGGAG